AUGAAAUAACAAUAAAUAUCUACACCCACAGCUUAACUUGGAUUUAGGCACUCUCUAUAAAUCUAAUCUUCUCCAAAUAUAAAAUUAUACUAAUAAUCUCCUUAUCAAUCACCUUACCAAUCACCAUUAUUGUAAUAACCAUCUACCUAACAAUAAAGACAACCAAUAUAACAAAGCAAUUUUAACAAUGUUAAUAAAACUCUAUUCAAUGAUUCUCAAAGCAAGAAGAGCAAACAAUUGCAAUUAGUAGAUUUGAAUCAUGUUGAGGAACCAUGGAAAUAAAAAGUGCAAGAAUUAUAGAGGAAAGUUCAACAAUUGGAAUAAUAAUAAAAAAAUGAAGACUUUGAUUAAAAUGAGAGUGAACUCUCUCAAGUUUAUAGUCAAAUCUAACAGUUAGUGAAUACUAUAAAAAUAUUGCAAGAGGAAAUUUAAAAUAUGCAAGAAAAAUUAAGCAUAAAAUAACAUAUCAUUGACGGUUAUGAUUCACAGUUAAUUGCAAAAGACAAGGAAUUGGAAGAUUAAAAUCAUUACAUCUAAGAUUUACACAAUUAGUUGGAAGAACAAACCUUACAAAUGGAGGAUAAACAAAAGUUUUUACUUGAUGAAAUCAGCACAUGGAAGAGGAAGUUUAUUGAGUAAAAUAGGGGAUUACAUUAAAUUUAAGAAGAAUAAAUUAUGCUAUAGACAUAAAUUGAUAAUCUUAAAAAUAUUAAACUGAUGUUAAAUAAAUAGAGUGAAUAAACAUGA